GUGAAGCUACAUAUAUGCAGGCAUGACUCUAAUGACUACGGGUUCCGUUCACACACUUCAAGUUACGAGCGGAGGAGUGAAUUUGGUCUUAUUUGGCAAGACCUUCCGAAAGAAACAACAACAAACAAACGAAUUGACAAAAGUCUCGAUGCAUCCACAUAAAUUUAUUCGUUUGCAGCAACAACUAUAUAUCCUCGGCGUUCAUUUCUCCCCGGUUUUCUCUGACACCAUCGUUAUUCGGAGACGAAAAGUCGAACUGGCCGUCGGGUUGUCGGAGUUGCAUCUGCUAUCAACGCCAGAUUUCCAUAACUUCCUCACACAUAUCGGAAAGCACCCAUCUGCAUUUUGGCGAUCCGCUCAUGACGAUAUCUCGCCAGAGGAUUUGCCAUCGCUCCUGCCAAAUCGGACGCCAAAUGUCGCACACAGAAGGACGCAAGGAGAUAACAAAUGGAGAUAUCUGACUGAAAGUUGAUCCCUAGAUGAUGAACUGCCCCAUAAGCCGCCCGUUCAAUACACGCAGACGCCGUUAUAUCAAUGCCAGGUGGGAUUCCGCAUCAAAAUUGCGUCUUUUUAUCUUACCACCUCUCACUCUCUUCCCUCUACUCGCGGGAGGGUCAAAGAGUAACAGCUCUUCACUCUGAUAUUCAUGGCCUCCCGUAACAAGCUUUUUGAACCCAUUAAUGUUGGCUCGCUCAGCCUACGACAUAGGGUCGUCCUAGCACCUCUAACUCGGAGCCGUGCAACAGCAAAACAUGUUCAUAAUACGGCUCUCGCUGCCGAGUAUUACAGGCAGCGUAGUAGUGUUCCAGGCACUCUACUGAUCUCUGAAGCUACUGUGGUCGCGGGUAAAGCGGGAGGCCUCCAACAUGUUCCUAACGUAGAGACCCAGGAACAAGUAGAGGCAUGGAAAGGCGUAUGCGAAGCAGUUCACGAAAAGGACUGUUUCAUAUUUAUGCAGUUGUGGGCUCAUGGAAGGUCCGCAGAUCCACGCCUUCUUGCUAAAGAGGGAGGAUGGGACGUUGUGAGUGCUUCAGAUGUUCCCCUAACGGGCCGUCGUAAACCACGUCCUUUGACUACAUCCGAAGUGAAAGAAUAUAUCGAGUUCUAUGCGAACGCUGCUUCACGUGCCGUACAUGAAGUUGGCUUCGACGGCGUUGAAAUCCAUGCUGCGAAUGGCUACCUCAUUGACCAGUUCCUCCAAGACAAGACAAAUCAUCGUAAUGAUGAAUAUGGAGGCUCCAUCGAAAACCGUGCCAGGUUUGCCUUGGAAAUUCUGCAGGCUAUUACUGAGAAGGUUGGUCAAGAGAAAGUAGGCAUUAGGUUAAGUCCUUGGGAGUACUAUAACGAAAUGAGAAUGGAUGAUCCGAUACCAACUUUCACCUAUCUCGUCAAGCGAAUUGCAGAGCUCUAUCCCAAUCUAGCCUGGAUUCAUGUUGUCGAACCUCGAAUCUCCGGCAACUUCGAUCGAGAGGUGCCUGAGGGAGAGUCGAAUGAUUUCAUACGUGAGAUUUGGGCACCCAGACCGAUCAUCAGCGCUGGCGGUUAUACACGUGACAUUGCUCUGGAAGUAGCAGAAACAAAAGGCGAUCUCAUUGCCUUCGGUCGAUAUUUUAUCUCAAAUCCCGACCUUCCAAGACGUCUUAAAGAGAACCUACCUUUGAAUCCGUACAAUCGUGCCACGUUCUACCAUCCACCCGAGUCACCAGUGGGAUACAUCGACUAUCCGUUUGCGGACGCCGUGGAUGCGCAAGCGCGACUAUGAACAUGAGGACGAAAAACGCCCACUUACUCAUAAAGCUUUAAAGGGGUCCCGGGAGCAUACCUCAGCAUAUUUAGUUCUUAUGUGCUAAAUUAUAGAACGUAAUUGUUGUAUGUAUGUGCGAACACAUUGAGCAUAACUGUUUACCCUUAUUACAUACUCGCAUUGAGACAUUUAAUCCACGUCGUCUGCAUGUGCCGAAGAGUGAUCAUCUGCUUCUUCCUCAUCAGACGACUCGUCUUGUUGCUCCGUAGCACCACCGCCUCCCCAGAAUCUAUUCAGAACAUUACGAAGCAUCCUCACAGGUAAAGGCUACGUCAAAAUCGAAGAACCAUCAGUAUGCGCGAAAGAAGCGUAAUCGGCAAUGUUAUAUGACGUACCGCAACCGCAACUUCUUCCUCGUCUUC